GCAACCACAAAGAGAAAACUCAGACAGAUGAAGUUGGUGUCUACAAAAUUACAUGCUCUUGUACUAGCACCUACAUUGGUGAGACAUCUCGUCCAUUCAAAACACGAAUAAAGGAGCACAUCAAGGACACCGAAAAACGAAAAGAAAACUCAGCAGUUGCAACACACAAGAUAGAAUUUCCACAACAUGAUAUCAAUUUUAACUCAGCAAGUUUAAUUUUUCAUGAACCAAGAUAUUUUCAUAGAAAAUUCAUGGAGGCUCUGUACAUACAAAGAACCCCCAACUAGGGCAUGCAAUACCGGUAUUCCAGUCCCGGUAUUCACCGGUAUUACCGAAUACCGGUAUUCCAAUGUUCAAUACCGGUAUUCACAUACAAAUUCAUACAUUUGAGGCCAUCUGGUAUACAUUCCCUACAUUCAAGCUCAAAUUCAUAUUCCGACUCGUCAUAUGUUCCCUUGCAUUGCAUUAUUUACCCUCGCUAUAUUUGCACUUUUUUGUUUAUUAAUUAAGUUAAUUCUUCAUAAUUAAUAAACAUGGCAGUAGUUGCCGCUGCAACAAACGAAGAACUUGACAAGAGUUCAAAAACUGUUCCAAAAUAUUUUCAAGUUCCUCAGCAAGGUUUAAACAAGGAUUCGAUUUGGAAUUAUUUCUUAAAAGAGGUUGCAGAUGGGAAAACAGCCAAAUGCAUGGACACAAGUUGUCAAAAAGUUUUGAAAACUGCUGGAGGAUCGACAUCCGGCUUAAACACCCAUUUGAGAAGCAUACAUCAUAUCGAUCUUUUAAAAAAAGAUUUGAAUCCUUCUGAGCUUGGCGGUAAUAUCUUUGUACAUAAAUAUAUUUUCAACCAUCGACACUUAAUUUAAAUAUAAGUAAUUUGAAGCAUUUUUUUAUAAUUUUAGUUAAGGCAAAAAGUGUUAAGCCGAUUUCGGAUUUCUUUGAGAAGAAAACAAAAUCUCUCGAAGAAACUCUAGCAAGAAUGACAGCAAAGGACGGAAUUCCAUUUUCGGUGUUUUCGACAUCAACAGAUUUACGCCGGGCUCUCAAAUCCGACGGUUUCACAGAUUUACCAAAAUCAGCUCACACCAUCAAAAAAAUCGUCAUUGGUUACUCGCAGAAGAUAAAAUCAACAGAAAAUGAACACGUGCUGGACCUCAAACGCAUUGGGCGAAAAUUUAGCGUAACAUUUGACGAAUGGAGUUCGAUUAAGAACAGGCGUUACAUGAAUGUAAUUCUACAUGGUAAACCCCAAGAAUUUUGGAAUCUGGGCCUUAUUCGCAUUCACGGAUCUUUGCCAGCUGAAAAGUGCUUGGAAAUGGUUGCGAAUAAAUUGAGGCUGCUGAAUCUUUCCCUGGAAAAUGAUAUUGUUUGUAUCAUUACCGAUGGCAGCUCUGUAAUGACGAAGAUUGGAAGAUUGUCUCCGACGUAUCAGCAAUUAUGUUUCGCACAUGGCAUUCAACUUGGCGUCCUUGAUGUUCUGUACAAGAAAAUCAACCAAACUCCUGAAGCUGAUGAAAGCGAGAACGAAAAUCUUGACAACUUAGCACCUUGCGAGGACGAUUCUUGUUGUGAUUCUGACUCAGACUCUGAAGAAAUCGAUGAAGACGAGGACGAGGAUCUAGUCAUCAGUCACACGUUACGACCGGUCAUUGACAAAGUUAGAACAAUUGUCAGAAUGUUUCGCCGCUCUCCUUUAAAAAAUGAAAUUCUACAAACUUAUAUAAAACAAGAAUUUGGCAAAGAACUGUCCCUCAUAUUAGAUUGUAAAACAAGAUGGAAUAGUUUAGUUGCAAUGCUGGAACGAUUUUACACUGUGCAAGCGUCAAUUAAAAAAGCUUUGGUGGACGUGAGAUCUGACGCUCAUCUUAAAGAUUGGGAGCUUGCAAGAAUUUCGGACAUUGUUGAUGCGCUAAAACCGAUAGAAGCCACGAUUGAAGCCCUGUGCAGGCGGGACGCGAAUUUGCUGACGGCUGAUACAGCUUUAAACUUCAUGAUUCAAAAGCUAGACAUGCAACAAUCUGGACUGGCACUGGAAUUGGGUGUUGCUCUUCGUACAAGAAUUGAAGAAAGAAGAACGGAACUAUCUGGAUUAUUCAAAUAUUUACAUACUGGGCAGUAUAUAAAUAGUGAACAAGAUGAGAUAUUCUCAAUUCCGAAGCCUACAAAAAUAUGUUCACUUAUAAGAAACAUAAUAUGUCGGUUACGUGGAAUGAAUGAUGAUGCAUCGGAACUGCAGGAAGGUGAAACUAAUAUUAUAGAAAAACCUGGUCCAUCACAGGUUAAAAAGUUUAAGUCAGACCUCACGACGGAGUUGAACAAGGCAAUUUCAGCAGCGUUGUCAUCAAGCCCUUUACACAAAGUUCAACCGGAAAAAUCAUUGACCACGACAAUUAAGAAGGAAAUGAAACUCUUCGAAGACGGAGGUAAAAGAGGAUUUCAUUUAGAGUUAGCAUACGAAUUUUUAAUUGGGAUUGUUCCGACCAGCGUUGAAUCUGAGAGGGCGUUUUCGUCGAGUGGAUAUUUAUGCAAUAAAUUAAGGAGUAGUAUGAGAGACGACACAUUAGAUCACCUAUGUUUUUUAAGAUCACAUUUCCAAAAAAUUGAUUGAGUUAUGAUUAAUAGGAUUAAAAACUAAAAUAUAUACAUAUUUAGCGUGUAAUGUCAGGAAUAUAUGAAUAAAUUCAUGUAAUGACUUGCAGAUUGCAAAACAA